AUGGAAGAUGCCAACGUGAUCAAGAUCAAGGUUAUCGCAGCCGAGGAUCUCUACGUGGAUGAAAGCAAAGAAGCCUUGAGAGUUGUCCACGGUCAAUCGGUCGAGUUUCGAAUCCCCAAGACGAUCAGGCUGUUGAAACUCAAGAAGCGAUACUGCGAGGAGUACAACCUCCACCUCGAUGGCGCCAACACCUCCACACGCAGUGGCGUGCAGUUCAAGUUUGGCAACCGCACCAUCGACGACAACGACACGGUCUGUCCCUCCUCCCUCCCGCGACCCUUCACCCUCUUCUUCAUGCAUCGCGAUGCUGACGAGCGGUCGUUUGUUUGUGGGACGGGCGGAGGGCAGUGCGGGAGCCUGUGCUUGACAACGAACGACGUGAUCAAGGUUCAUCACACGCCCGAGUUCCACUGCUACCUGAAUUCCACGAGCGUACCGGGCAAGACCCUUCAGUCCGACAUGCGCGAACUCUAUCUGGAGGCCAUGCGAUCGGGCGGGCACGGCAGCACCGACGUGGUGUUCAACGUGGGCAAGGAGAAGGUCCAUGCCCACAAGCUUAUACUCACAGCACGCUGCGAGAAGCUCCGGGCCAUGUUCUCUUCAUCCUUUGCCGAAUACAACGAACAGAAGACGGGCGAGGUGGCCAUCGAGGGGCAUGACCCAUCGACAUUCCGCCUCAUGCUCGAGUGGAUCUACUGCGAUAACGUGCAGAUGCCCACGACUGCCGAAGGUUGCCUGCAAUUGCUCGCACUCGCCGAAGAGAUGCUGCUCUUCCCGUUGAAGACCACGUAUCACGUCGACUUCCUCAAGCAGAAGUGCAAGCAGUACAUCAUGGACCACUACGACGAGAUGCUGAGGGAGCAACCCGAAUUCGAGAAGGAGCUGUGUAAGGUGCCCGAGCUGUUGGUGGAGCUGACCCGCAGCGCGCUGUCGAGGGAGGAGCCUCGCCGAUAUGUGGUCCUCGAAACGUCGAUAGGGUCACCCAGCACCGGCCGCGGCGAGAAGAGGCGGCGCGGGAACUAA